UCUUCCACUUCACGAGCUCCUACAACCACCGCCAGCAAUGAGGACGGUGAAGCCACUGCAGUGCCCGAAGAGAACGAAUCCGAGUACCUCACAGAGACGACCGUCGGCGGACAAAAAGUCAACCUCAACUUCGAUACCGGCUCCGCUGAUCUCUGGGUCUUCUCCUCGCUUCUGAGCCAGUCCGCACUCGGCGACCACUCGUUCUACAACCCCAACAAUAGCGACACCUUCGAAUCAUACGACGGCGCAACGUGGCAGAUCCGCUACGGUGACGGCAGCAGCGCAAGUGGCGUAGUCGGCUACGAUGUCGUCGACGUUGGCGGCACUACCGUUCAAAAGCAAUGCGUCGAGCUCGCCACCCAACUCUCUCGCGCAUUCAUCGCCGAUGACGCCAGCGACGGACUUCUUGGUCUCGGGUUCUCAACCAUCAGCACCGUCAAGCCAGUACAGCAGAAAACAUUCUUCGAGAACGUCAUGCCGCAGCUCUCCUCACCUGUCUUCACCGCCGACCUCGAAGAGACGUCCGGCGCUGGUACCUACGAAUUCGGCCGGAUCGAUCCAGCGAAAUACCAUGGCGAGAUUCACUACACGCCAAUCGACAACUCCGACGGCUGGUGGCAAUUCGAUUCACCAAGCUAUUCCGUCGAUGGCCAGGAAUCGCCCUGCACAUACUGCAACCCCGCCAUUGCCGACACAGGUACCUCGCUCGUCUACAUGGACACUGACAUCGUGCGAGCCUACUAUGCCUCUGUCUCAUCUGCCUUCCCAGACACCUCGCAAGGCGGCUGGGUCUUUGACUGCACGGAGACUCUACCAUCCUUCGGCUUGGCGGUGGGAGACUACAUGGCGGUUAUCAACGGUACAGACAUGGCCUAUGCCCCUCUCGACGACGGCAGUGGUAUGUGCUAUGGUGGUUUACAGGAAGGACCCGGAGACGUUCAGAUUGUCGGUGACGUGUUUUUGAAGCAGUUUUUCGCGGUUUUUGACGGUGGAGAGAACAGAUUCGGCGUCGCUCUCAAG